AUUUGGCAUACCAUGUUCAUCCUUCGCCAUGGCAGCCGUACCGCACGUCAGGCUACAUGUAUGCGAGCACAUGUUGUGCGAUUGUCCCGAAGAACGGCAUCAAGAACAGCAAUACCAAUACCACCAGCCUCGCCACCAGUCCCAGUAGUCGAUGCAUGUCCAUCCCCCACAUGUGGUUGUCGAGCGGCGCCGUCGGGUCUUGACAUCGAUCGAGAGUCAAGCUUGAGUGGCACAAUGGCUGCGUAUGGGGAACAAAUCUUGCUAUGCACUGGGAAAGCAGAUUGGAAGAGCAAAAUCGAAGACGAGGAGGAUGCUGGACUGCUGCGGCAACUGAAGAAGUUUCUCGUAAGAGGAGGCAAAUAUGUCGAUCCUUAUCACAAUGUCUUGAUAACCAACAGCUCGUUCGCUAGCACUCCGACCAGAACAGAUCCAGACCAGACCAUGUCUGCUAGCAUGCCUCUAUCGGCGUUCUUACUUCCCAGCUUCCAGUUCGUCCCUUCGAUCCCUUCGGAUCCUGCAGCGGUGGAAUCCUUUAUCAAAGCUUUCGUCCUUCCGAGUAAACUUCACAAAUCCUACGAUACCUUCUCACCUGCGCAACGUGAGCUUCUUCUACGCCAACCUGAAGGACAGCGAGAUUUUCCCCAGGCAAGAGACGUCAACGAGAUUCUUGUUCUGAUCUGCGGACACGGUGGAAGAGAUGAGCGAUGCGGGACGCUAGGUCCCUUGCUGAGAGAUGAAUUUGAGGAGAAGCUGGAACGACAGAACAUCAAAGUGAUGAAAGAGGCCCCAGACCACAUCGAAGAACAGCAGGCCGGCAUGCCAACUGCAAGGGUCGGGACGAUAAGCCAUAUUGGUGGACAUAAAUGGGCCGGAAAUGUGAUCAUAUACAUACCACCGAGCUUCACAGACCAUCCACUAGCCGGGAAAGGGAUAUGGUAUGGCAGAGUGGGCCCCGAACAUGUGGAGGGUAUUGUUUCUCAAACGAUCAUCGACGGAAAAGUGACCAAGGACCUGUUCCGUGGUGGUAUUGAUCGCAGUGGAGAGAUCAUAAGAUUAUAG